AUGGAGCCGCGGCUGGGUCCGCACGAGCUGCUGCACGUCUUCUCAUUCCUGGAGGCCCGAGACCUGCUCUCCGCCGCACAGGUGAACAAGGUCUGGAAUGAGGUUUCAAGGACCAAGGAACUGUGGAGGCAGCUGUGUCUGAGACGCUGGUCAUCCUGCAAAGCCUCCCAGAUGGUCCUGGGCACACAAACAUGGAAACAGUACUAUUUGUGCCGAUCUGAGCUGGAGUUCCGAAUGGAAUUUGGGCGGCCAGAGGACUUCACCUGCAAAGCCAUGGCUGGACAUACAGGACCAAUAGAUGAGCUGGCUUACAUCUCUACCGAUGAGUGCCGGUUCGAUGGGAGGGAGAAGUCUGUGGUUUGCACUGUGUCCUCAGACUGUACUCUGCGUGCCUGGGAUUUACAUGAGGGCACGGAGAUCUGGUCAAGCCUUCUACAGCCUGCUGCUCUGGUGAAUUUGGUGGCCUACCCUCAGCUGCAGCUGGUUGUCACCGUGGACAAGCGAGGAUUGAUCAAAUCAUGGAAGGCAGAGAAUGGGUGCGAGCUGGCCUCCUUCUGCCUGCCGACACACUCAUCUGCGUUGGAGGCCUGUGACCAUCCUGAGGGCCCAUUCUUGCUGGCGGCCUGCGCGGGAGGGAACCUUUGCACGCUGACGGUGCCUCAGCUGCGCCUGCUCUCCAAGGUGCCCGUGUCUCCCAGCACCCCUGUGAGUCUCACCUGCUCUCCUGACCGACAGUGGGUGUCUGCGUCUACAGAGAAUUCAGACCUGGGCCCAGAGGUGUUCUACACUCAGUCCUUGCUGCACCCGUUGGAAGACAAGCCUCCUGUCUCCACUACCCUCCCCAUCUGGCUGACUUCCAGAAGCUGCUGGGCCCCCGGAGAGGCAGCCAGGCUGAUUGUAAUGCACAAAAAUGACAAUGGCAUGCAGCUGGUUGUCACAACCUAUGAGUUGGGGGCCAAGAAGUCCAGGGAUAGAGUGAACAUUCUGGUACAACAGAUCGCCAGUUUCCUCUUGCCAGACACCAUGAUGCCUCCUCACCUCAUGAAGGGCCAUGGCUCUCAGGUGAUCCUGCUGGUCUCAGAGGCAAAGCUGGUGCUGUUCACCAUUCACGGCCUGCAGCUGGCAGCCUUCCAGGACCACCAGAGGCCCAUCACGUCCAUGUGGGUGGAUCCGAGCCGAGUCAUCACCUCUUCCUUUGACCUCUCUUUGCGAAUCUACGUGUGGAAUAAAGAAAAUAAAUUUCCCAUCCUCAAGAGCUGCUAUCACUUGCUUGGGGGAUCCCACAGAUGGGCCAGUGGAUUUACCCACGUGGAAAGUGACAGCGUGAGCAUUGUAGGUGUGGAAGCCAGAAGCGCUGGAACUGGCAUCCUGAGGUCGUACUGCUUCAGAGCGCAGCACAGCUGGAAUGACGGCCCCGACUGGAGAUGGUCGCACUUUGGUGAGGAGCUUGCACACGUGCAAAGACCGGAUUGAUUAUGUUAUCGACGCUGGGACAGGAAUUAGUAAUUCUCAGAUGCCCACUAUGUGCCAGACACUGUGCUGUGUGACUUGACUUCUACAUCCUCACAACAAGCCAACGAAGUAGGUAUUAUUGUCCCCGUUUUUCAGACAAAGAAAAUGAAACGCAGGAGAGUAACUAACCCAUUAUUAACCCCAUUUUUGAGCUGCUGAGUAACCUGCCCAAGAUUAUUGGGGCAGUAAGUGACCAAAAGGAGUUAAAUACAUGUGUGAGGGAC